UUUCACAAUGAAACCUCAUUCUGACCUUGUCAGUAUAAAAGUCUGCUUCAACGAGAAUAUAUUUUUUAAACGUGAAAUUUGCCAAAUAAAAUGAUACGAUGAAAAAAUUUGGCGAGUUCUAAAGAAUGUCGGUCAAAAAUAAAUCAUUCAAUCUAAAUUUGAUUAAAUUUUUGGCUAAAAAAUCGGAAGAAAAUUAAACAAGAAUUUUCGGUUCAGAUUAAAAUGUCUUGAAGGAAGUUUUUGAUAAAAAAAAUUAUCGAUUAUCGACGCAAACACUAAAAUCGGCUUCUCCAUGAUAUCGAUAACAACAAAAACAUUCUCAGUGUUCAGUGUCUCAAAAACCAGCACGUAAAUUUCCAUCAGACUUCAAAUGGGGAGUUGCAUCGUCGUCGUAUCAAAUUGAAGGAGGAUGGAAUGAAGGAGGCAAAGGUGAAUCUAUUUGGGAUUACAUGACACACAACCAAACAGACAAAAUCACUGACAAAAGCAAUGGUGACAUCACGUCGGACAGCUAUCAUAAUUGGCGUCGUGACAUUGAAAUGGUGCGAGAGUUAGGCGUCAGUAUAUAUCGUUUUUCAUUAUCUUGGCCCAGAAUUUUGCCAAGUGGCUUUCCGUCGACCAUUAACAAACAAGGGAUCCGGUAUUAUAACAAUUUAAUCGAUGGUUUGCUCAGAUACAAUAUUACUCCAAUGGUCACAUUAUAUCAUUGGGAUUUACCAAGACGUCUUCAAGAAUUGGGAGGAUGGACAAAUGAGCAGUUAAUUGGUUACUUUAAAGAUUAUGCGCGCAUUUGUUUCGAGAAUUUCGGCAAUCGUGUGAAGAUUUGGACGACCUUCAAUGAACCGUGGCACAUUUGUGAGCAAGCAUACGGGAUGGACGUCAUGGCUCCAGCGUACAAUUAUCCCGGAAUUCCGAGUUAUUUGUGUGGGCAUACGCUUUUGAAGGCGCAUGCGGAGGUAGUUCACAUGUAUCGCGAAGUUUAUUUGCCCAAACAUCGGGGGCGCAUCGGAAUUACGUUGGAUACUUCGUGGAUGGAGCCGAUAUCGAGCUCUGACGAGGAUCGGGAGACAUCGAAUAUGGCAAUGCAGUUUUAUCUCGGUUGGUUCGCGCACCCCAUCUACAAGGGAGAUUACCCGCCUGUCAUGAAAAAUCGCAUCGCCGAGCUGAGUCGUCAACAGGGUUUCACCAAAUCUCGUCUUCCAGAGUUUACGGAAGCCGAAGCUGCGAGAAUUCUCAAUACCAGCGACUUUUUCGGCAUCAACAGUUACACGUCGGUUCUCGUAACGAAGAAUGUGAACAACGUGGGAAACUUUCCGGUGCCAUCGUUCCAGCAUGAUAUGGAUGCGAUCGAAACGCAUGAUCAAAAUUGGCCCACGAGCGGCAGUGCAUGGCUUCGCGUAUUUCCUCGCGGAAUGUACAACCUGUUGCAAUGGAUUAGACGUGAAUACGACAAUCCAACGGUUAUUGUGACAGAGUCUGGCGUCAGUGACAAAGGCGGCACAAAUGAUACCGCGAGAAUCUCUUACUAUAACAGUUAUUUGGAAGCCGUUUUGGAUGCCAUCGAGGAAGGAUGCAACAUUGAAGGAUACAUCGCGUGGAGUUUAAUGGAUUCUUUCGAGUGGACUUCUGGAUUUACUGAGAAAUUUGGAUUAUAUUACGUGGAUUUCAACGAUCCAAAGAGGACAAGAUAUGCAAAAGCCUCGGCAAGGGCAUUCGAAAGAAUCGCUAAAACCAACAUGAUCGACAGGGAUUACAAGCCACAUCCCGAAAUUCACAUUCCUGCGCCCAGCGUCAGUAAUUCGGCAGUCGCUUUCGGGGCAAAGUCCUUCAUCCGAACAAGUAUUAUCGCAAUUUCCAUGUCGUACUUAAUCACAAAGUUGUUUUGAGGAAUUAAUUCGAAUAAAAUUUUAACUUAGGAUAGUGUUCUGUAAAUAAAAAAAAUAUCUACUUUGUAUGCAAAAAUGAUGGACUUAUCAAUAAAUUACUUGUGAAAUGUGAACUUGUAAUUUGAUUUAUCGCCAUAUUGAUCCGCGAUUUCAUGACCAGCUGUUGAGAGAAAAACAAACACC